AUGGAUAAACUGUCUGAAAAAGAGCUAGAAUUAGUGGCUGUAUUGAUGAGGCUUCUGUGGCUUAGAAGAAAUUCUUUUAUAUUUGAAAAGAAGUUCAAAGAUCUUGAUUCUGUAGUUUGCACAGCUAGAGCAGUUAUUGAGGACUUUCAAGAAACUCGAACACAUGAAGUAAAGAUAACAAGUGCAGCUAAUAUGGGAAGUGGCAGUCAAAGAUGGAUAAAGCCUAUACAGGGGUUCAUUAAAGCAAACUGGGAUGCCUUUACAAAUACAAGAAAUCUGGGACUAGGAAUUGUCUUGAGGGAUGAGGUUGGAGAAGUUCUGGCUUGUGCUUGCUUUAAAAAGCCACCAGUUUUGAAUUCAAGUUUAGCUGAAACUAUGGCAUUAUGGCAGGCUGUUGAACUGAGCCAUGAGUUGGGUUUCAAUAGAGUCAUCCUUGAAGGAGAUGCUCAAGUGGUGAUAUCUGCUGUUAACAGUGUGGAUGAGGAUCUAUCUUCUGGUGGGCAUAUAGUAGAGGAUGUCAAAGCUGUGUUAAGAGAAAGAAGAUCAUGGAAGAUUCAGUUUACAAGAAGAGAAGGAAAUGAAGUAGCACAUUUGUUAGCAAAAAAAGCUUUAUUAGUUGAGCAGGACCAGAUUUGGAUUGAUGAGUGUCCAGACUUUAUUUCUUUAGAAGUUUGUAAGGAGUCAUAUUGUACUGGUGAUUCUUAG